CCACAAUUAAGUCUAUCUAACCCCAGUCACUCUUUAGUACCCAUAACCCACCCCAGUCUUUCCUUAACUUAGGUCUCAAUCAACUCAUAAUUGUUUACAGUUCCUAAUUAAAUUAUCAAUAUCCACCCUCAAGACUUAACUUUCAUUGAAAAGAAAUUACUUAAAUUAAAAAUUAUUGGCAAUGUUGUUUAAAUCUAAUUUAGCACUUGCUGCCCUUGUUGCUACUGUCCUUGCUGACGAACCAACCACCACCUAUCAAUCAACUAUCACCAUCACCAAGACUUUAUUGACUCCUGAACAAAGUACUUCCCUUGCUCAAAAGUUGGCAGUUUCUCAAGCUUCAGUUGCUUCUGCUGUUUCUGCCGCAUCUGAAGCUGCUGCUGAAUCUGCUGCUUCUGUUGCUUCUGCUUCCGCUGCUUCUGUAGCUUCAGUAUCUUCUGCUUCUGUUGCUUCCCUUGCUUCUGCUGCUUCUGCUGCUUCUGCUCAAUCAGUUGCUUCUGCUGUUUCAGCCGCUUCUGCUCAAUCAGUUGCUUCUGCUGCUUCCGUUGCUUCUUCUGAAUCCGCUGCUUCUGUUGCUUCUGCUGCUUCUGUUGCUUCUGCUGCUUCUGCUGCUUCCGCUGCUUCUGCUGCUUCCGCUGCUUCUGAAGCCUCUGCUGAUUCUGCUGCUUCCGUUGCUUCGGUUUCAUCUGCCUCGGUUGCCUCUGUUUCCGCUGCUUCUGUUGCUUCCGUUUCUGCUUCCCUUUCUGCUGCUUCAGUUGCUUCUGCUUCUGCUGCUUCUGCCGCUGCUGCUUCUUCCAAAUUGAAUGGUUUCAAAGGUGUUGUUGCCGUUGCCUCUUCUGUUAACGUCACUUCCAGUGCCCAUUCUUCUUCUGCCCACUCUUCUUCUGUCAAGCCUACUUCAAGUGCUCUUUCCACCACUUCUGCUGUCUUGUCUUCAUCCAGUGCUGCUGCUUCCUCAGUGGUAUCUUCCUCCAAGAAGAAUGGUGCUGUUGCUGCUAACACUGCAGGAGGUGCAUUCAUCGGUGCCAUUGCACUCGUUGCCGCCCUUUUGUAAUGAUUGGAAGAAUUGACCAUACCCCCAAAAGAUCAAAAAAAAAAACCACCCACAACCUCCCCUGUUCAAUUCAAUUGUAUUGUAUCAUAACACCAGAUUACCCCUACCAACUCU